CUUUGUCCUAGUGACCUUCGCCUACUUCAGCGUGUGCAGACGCAUUGGCGAGAAGGUCAGGAUCAAACAGCGGCUUUUAGAAAACGACGGCCUCGGCCCCAAAGCCUCGGCGCCAACGGCGGCUCGCGAUGACGUAGACUGCAGUAGUUGGUGGAAGGCCGGAUUGAGCUGUUGCGAGGCUUCCCCCGAUCGUUCGAAAAAGUGUCCCCAAGCCGACCCCGAGCUGAGUAAAAAUGGUGCGUCUCGUGGUGAGAUUAGCGACGACACAACCCACUAUGAAAGCGCCGCGUUGCUCGACAAAAGGUCAAUGUCAAACUCUGGGCUUUGUCCUAAAAUCAACGUUCAACGGCCGAGCAACGAUCAGUCUGCCGGGUUUCAAACCCCUGCCAUUCAGGCCCCCAGGCAGUCGAACAACAAGCCCACCACACCACUCAUGCCACAGGGCGGCUUUCCUAAACAGCGGGACGUUGGUGACAAUGCGACAAAUUACUCCAACUCGUAUCAGGACACAGAAUGUGUGACUUUCCGGGCACCCGACCGACAAAAGUUAAUGGAGACCGCCAACGUAGACCAUUUAAAUCAUUCGGAUAAUGUGUUGGCAAAAAGCUCUUAUGAAUUAGGAGGCAGGAAUUCCGAAAACUAUUCUUCAUCACCGACAGCGGAUAGUGUGCACGGCACCUCCCCCGAGGAGAAUUCGAAACGCCGAGUCUUGGAAACAGCCACCGGGCCCCGAGCAGACGGUGAAAAACACAUCAAUUAUUCAUGUUCGUAUGAAAUUUCACCGCCACGGCGUUCGUCGUCCGUGGACGUUUCGGCAAUAGGGACGCAGCGGUGCGGGCGCAGAAGGGGGAGGGGUAUCGCACGUGAAAACGAACACCGCGACACAGCGGACAAACAGUUGUUUUAUGCCGCUCAAAUUAGCAGAGGGGGUGAACUCGGGCGAGGUCAUUGCGCCGACUCAGACAAGGAUUCUUCGUCAAACCUGAAAGCCGGAAGUGCACAAUGCCUGCCAUGGUUACGAUCAUUCUUUUUGCCCAGUGCGACGAUGAUAAAAUCACCAACGAGCGCCGGCCACUCUAGGCACCCUCAUUUAAACAAAGAACUGUAUGUUAAAUCGCAUAAAUCUAUGGGUGAACUUUGCACUGGCCUUGAACCAAAUGACAUAAUUUCACCUUUCAAAAGCGGCGCGGUUUAUGUGCAGUUGCGCAAGAUCGCCGUGAACAAGAUCCGCCGAUCAUACUCACUUUCAGUUUUGGAAUUUCGGGAAUACCCAGAAAUUCGAAAAUCUGCGACGCUGCAAAACGGGGACCUGGACACCGUAUGUCAGUUUCGAAUCAACGCCGAGCAGACGGACGAUACCCAGUUCCGUUUGAAUUAUGUCGAGACGGACGACAUCAUGCUAGGCUAUGAUCAAGUCGGGACGGACGACAGAGCGUUUCGCAACGACAGGGUGUUUCGGUUUGACGAUGAUAUCAUCAGCAAGCAGUUGGGAUACGAUGUUCCGGGUAUUCACCCCAAGUCUUUGUGCCACGAGGGUCCCCCCGACCCCCGGAAUCGUCUUUCGUGCAAAAGCCAAAGCACAGAACCCUUGUGCGCCGGCGAGCAAAGCCCCACAGCUCCACGACUUCGGUACGGUACGCCGUCAUCCGUUUCGGAAAACGCCAAGACAUUCUGUUAUCAGAACGGGGUUCAGGGGUCCAACGAGAAACCCGAUGAUCUCCUUGUACCGCCAUCGCCACUCCCGAAGAGCGCCCUCAAGCCCAGCGGCAGCAUCUCAUCACGGACCUCGGGAGAGUCGACCAAGUCGCCCACCUUCGCGGUCCCGCUCCCGAAGAUCUCGUCCUGCGAGAUGGACAGCGAGCUGGGCGAUGACGAGGAGGCGCUGAGCGACAUGGCGACGACGAUAUUCCUGGCCAAGCUGAGGCGCCACAGGAGCCAAGGUUCGAAGACGUCCAAGAGUUCGGUUAAGUCCACGGGGAGUAGACGGCGAUUUGCCAGAGAGAGGCAGGUAAGUUUCUUGAAUUAUUAUUUGUUGCUCCUUCACUGAUAUUUGUUUGUUUGUUGUUGUUGUUUUUUAAAAUCAGUGUUUGUUUGUUUGUUUGUUUGUUUUUCUUUGAUUUUAAAUAUUAAUAUAAAUAAUUGCGGAUAGUGGUUUUAAUUGGCUUUGUCAUUUCUCAGACCGGAAAACGUCAUAGCGCACUAUUUUUAGAAGGUCGGCGGACAAAUAUUGCUUAAAACACGGCAGCUUAUAGUGCGUUUCAGCCUAUCAUUCGGACGACCAUUGUAUCUAGAGUUACUGUUACAUAUGCCGUUCGCGCAAUGGAGUCUCAUUUCAGAAAAUAGAAGUAAAAAAAAAAAUGUGUAAAAUAUUUCGUAAAACAGAGUUGUAAACACGUUUCAGGAACACUUCGCUAACAUAGUAGCACUGAACAGUGGUGACAUUGUGUCCGCGCUGAGUACCCGGAUGAUGAGUAAUGAUGACAUCAGUUCUAUUAAUAGAUUUCCGCCAUUUAAUGGCAAGCCCUAUUCCGACACACACGGCCACCCAUGAUGGAGAGUUAGACAGAAAGAUGAGCAUGUGGGUUUAGAAUGUGAGUGAGAAGGAAAUAAAAAUGGCGAAGAAGGCGGGAAAAAACAACGAAGAUCGAAAUUUAAGACAGGGGGAAAGAAGUGAGUAAGAAAGAUUACGUGAGAGGUAACCCUGAGAGACUUACUGCUUAAAAUAUAAUAAAAAGGUUGUUUGUUUGUUGUUGUUUUUUUUGGGGGGGGGGAGGGGAGGGGGCGGAUGAGGGGUUGAAAUCAAAUUAUCUCCCUGAAAUAACUUUGCGAACACCAACUGUUUCGCUUCAAUCCUUCUGUGGAUUGAGUCACACGCGUGAACAGGCGAUCACUCUUGUGUCUGUGUGUCUUUUUCGUCCCCGUUAGCUGUGUUCUAUGUUGUUUAUUCUGUCUAUAUUUAAUCUCAGCAAAUAACGGUCCAUAGCGUUGUUUUUUUUUCCUCCACAUGGAAUUACAGUAUGCCCCCCCCCCCCCCCNGCCACGUGUUCCACUUUCCGCCGACAUAGUGCCUUUCCAGAUCGGUGAAAUGUCGUAAAAAUAGACAAUAAUCAUUUUAAUUAGAAUGCAAUUUAAAAUUUUAAAAAAUCAAACUCGAAAACCCCCCCCCCAAAAAAAAAACAAACAAAAACAAACAAAAACACCCCACCCCACCCCCGUUAUAGCGACAGUAAUUUUCAACUAUGAAUUCUUUUUCCUCCGCCGAGAUAUCCAUUUCAAACAAUUUCCCCCCAACAUAUAUUCCUUUUCACCACUGGGAACACGCGUUGGCUGCAGCUAUGCACCGCCGACAACCGCACGUAUGCGUUCCAGCUCCGGGAGUUCCAGUACUGUGUAGUUGGACAUUGACAUAAACAUAUUCAUGUAUUCGUCACAACUGACCGUAAACUGUUGCCCUCGCCAGAUGACGCUGAUGCUGCUGUCGGUGACGGCGGCGUUCCUGCUGUCCUGGGUGCCGCCCUGGGUCAUCUACAUGGUCAGCUUCUACGGGCCGAGCUACGCCGACAGCCCGGUGCUGGAGCACGUGCUCUUCAGGCACCUGACCACCGUCCAGCUGG